AUGUUAAACCACACUUAUAGCGAUAUUGGCGUUAGGCUGGCGCCCCGGUUCCUCCCGGACGUGUCGUUCAUGGAUGACGUAGUCGCGCCGUUGACGGCAGUCAAGCCGCGACCCACGCUGGUGCCAGGGAUAUCGGACGGGCACCUGUCGUUGCUGGCGCCAGUGCUGGCGUACUGGGUGUUCUCGGGGCUGUUCCACGUGAUGGAUACGCUGCGGCUGGCGGAAAAGUACCGGAUCCACCCGAGCGAGGAAGUAGCGUCGCGGAACAGGGCCGGCAGGCUGGACGUUCUGGCGCAGGUGGUGCUGCAGCACAUCAUCCAGACGCUGACGGGGCUGGUGCUGGUAUACUAUGACGGGGAGCCGCAGACGGGGAUGGAGCAGCUGGCGAUGUGGCGGUGGCGGCAGGCGGCGCCAGGGUGGGUGUCGAACGAGGCGAUAUACGUGGCGUACCACUACGGCUUGUCGGUGGCGAAGCUGCUGGUGGGGUUCUUCCUGAUCGAUACAUGGCAGUUCUGGCUCCACUACCUGAUGCACAUGAACAAGACGCUGUACCGGAAGUUCCACGCGCACCACCACCGCCUGUACGUCCCGUACGCGUACGGCGCGCUGUACAACAACCCCGUGGAGGCCUUUGUGCUCGAUUCCUGCGGCACCGCACUGGCUGCUCUUGUCACUCGUAUGACGCACAGGGAGGAGAUGCUGCUCUACACAUUUGCAACCAUGAAGACGGUGGACGACCACUGUGGCUACGCGCUGCCGUGGGAUCCGUUCCAGUGGCUCUUCCCGAACAACGCGGUGUACCACGACAUCCACCACCAGAACUUCGGUAUCAAGAGCAACUUCGCGCAGCCGUUCUUUACCAUAUGGGACUCGUUUUGCCGCACCAAGUUCCCGCAGUUCGAGGAGUACGAGAAGAAGCAAAGACGAGUGACGGUGGACCGGUACAAGCAGUUUUUGGCAGAGCGCCAGAUGGAACGGGAGGCAAAGCUGACGCUGCUCUCCAAAAAACUAAGCUGA